CUUUCCUGAUAUGUAUAAAUAGGAGUCCUCGUACAACAUAUUAUUCAUCCAAUACAAAGAGAAAAUUUCUCUAUCUUAUUUUCAUUUUGUCAUGGUAUCAAAGCAGAUCUAAUUGCUCUCAGUUCUUCUUUAUUUUCUGUAGUUUUCUUGUUUUAUUAUUGUUGCUAUGUCCAGUUCUAGUCAAGUUACAGAUACGAUGGCUGGAACCACCUCUGCUGGUAAAGCUACUCUGUCUGCUGGAUCUGCUACAACUAAUGUAGUAGAUUCGGCUCAUCCUUACUAUCUUCAUCCCUCGGAUUAUACAGGGAUGAAUCUUGUUUCUGUUGUUUUCGAUGGGAGAGGAUAUGGGGACUGGAGACGAGCAGUUGUUAUAGCUCUCUCAGCCAAAAAUAAGCUAGGAUUUAUUGAUGAAUCCUUAGCUACUCCCUCUCUUGAUUCUGGACUGCAAAUGGCUUGGACUCGUUGUAAUGAUAUGGUCUUGUCAUGGCUUCUUAAUUCUCUCUCUAAAGAAAUAGGUGAAAGUUUCUUAUACUCCAACAGUGCAAAAGACCUGUGGAAAGACCUGGAAGACAGGUUUGGUCAGACAAAUGGAGCUAAAUUAUUUCAACUUCAAAAAGAAUUAAGUGUUGUAACUCAAGCUAACACAAGUGUCUUUACUUAUUUCACCAAAAUGAAAAGUUUGAAGGAUGAACUAGAUGCUUUGAAUGCCUUUUCUGCUUGUGUGUUUAAUUGUGACUAUGGAGCAAAAGCUAAAAAUGCUAAAGCUCAUCAAGAUAAAAGACUCCUACAAUUUCUAAUGGGUUUGAAUGACAUAUUUAUUGGUGUUCGAAGCAAUAUCCUAUUCACUUCUCCCUGACCAUCUAUUGGACAAGCAUACUCUUUGGUAAUUCAGGAUGAGAAGCAAAGAGAAAUACAUACUUCUCCUACCUAUCCAGGCGAAUCUGCCUCUUUUUUGGUUGCUAAUCAAGGACAAGGACCAGGAUAUUUUAGGAGAUACUCUGAUAAGAGACAAAAGCUAUGAUAACAAGAGAAAUACACCUAUCUGUGCUUACUGCAAGAAGUGGGUCACAGUAUUGACCAAUGCUAUAAGUUAAAAGGAUUUCCACCUGAUUUUAAGUUUACAAAAUCAAAAAGAGUGCAGGGUCGAGUUUAGGUGAAUAAUGCUUUCACAAAUGAUGAAUCUAAGAUAGAGGGGGAGUGUAGCAAUGCAGUUACUCAGGCUCUUACUCAAGAAAAUGUAACUCAGGCUCUUACUCAAGAAAAUGUAGCAGGGCUCCUACAACUACUUCUGCAGGUUAAGAUGGGACAAUAAGGAGCAAAUAUUUCUGAUGCCUUUCCAAAUGUGAACUGUGCUGGGCCUGAAGGGCCCGCUGGAGAUUGGUAAAGGACACAGGGGACUCUACUUUCUCAAGUCAAAGCUUCCAACAAUCAAGCCUAGAAAUGUUCCUAAGUUUAGCAAUAGUUUUAUUUCCAGUACUAGUUCUUGUAAGGCUUUUAAAGCUCUUGUUUCGGCUUCUAAAGCUCCUAGUUCAAUUUCUUGUUUCAGUCUUUUUAAUUCUAAUGUAAAAGAAGAGUUGUGGCACUACAGAUUAGGCCACAUGCCUUUAAGCAAUAUGAAGAAUAUUUCUACUAUUCUAGUUUCUUCUUCAUGUUCAAAAUUUUCUACUCCUUGUAUCAUUUGUCCUAUGGCUAGACAAUCCAA